AUGGGUGCUACUUCUGAUUAUGAGAAAUUGGACUGGAGCACCCAGACCAUCAACGAUCUUUGGCUUCAGUCCAAGAGCAAGGGCCCUCAGAACAACAGACUGUUGUCAAAACUGCGAGAUGAAUUGCAAUCACUGCUUCCGGAAGAGCGGGACGACCCUUUGGCCUUGAUUCUCCUGGCCUAUGAGACUCUUUGGCGAGCCGUCUUGUUGACCUAUGUUCACGUCGCGUUUCGCUAUAUUGACGAGGACACAAAGUUUAUGCUUCAAGAAAUUCCGAACGAGUUCCAUGACACCGAACAGGUGGGAUUUGAUAAAAACAUAAUUAGAUUAUCCCAGGAAGCCCUUCGUAUCUACCCCCCAACCAAGCGCAUCUAUCGCGCCUCGUGGUUUGGCGUAGUGGCGGCAGACGUCGAGUCACUGACGAGAAUAUCUGGGGACCAGAUGUUCUAG